AUGUCGUUUGGACUCCGUAACGCUUCUCAGACCUUCCAGAGGUUCGCAGACGGAGUAAUUCGUGGCCUCCAUGUUUUCUACACCAAUAGUGAUGGCGUGCUGAUAGCCAUACCCAUGGAGCAUCUUGCAACGGUGUUUGACCGCCUUCAACAAAUUGGCUUAGUCCUCAACCCGUCCAAAUGCGUCUUCGGCGUGUCUUUCUUCGAGUUUCCCGAACGUCUGGUCGAUAACAACGGUACCCACCGUCUCUAUUCGAAGGCUGCGGCCACUUGUGAACUCCCGCCUCUCUCGUUCGAACAUCAGCUGCAGCGAUUUCUGGGUAUGAUGAAUUUCUAUUGUCAGUUCCUCCCUUACUGCACCAAAACAAUCCUGCCGCUUACGAGUCCCCUAUCGGGUCCCAAAGGUCCUUUUGAGCUGUCUGCAGACGUCCUCGCUGCUUUUGACAAGGUUAAGGCUGCGCUGGCCGAUACCACCCUCCUGACGCAUUGAUCUCCCGAUGCUCCCAUUUCCCACGUGGUUGAUGCGUCCAGUCUUGCAGUGGGCGCGGUUAUCCAACAGCGCUUUGAGAUCGCACCCAACCCUUAGAUUUCUUCUCCAGGAGGCUAUCACCUGCUGAGAGGCGCUGUAACACGUUUGGACGGGAGCUCCUUGCUGUCCUCCUCGCCGUGAAACACUUCCGGCACUUCAUGGAUUGCGGGGACUUCACUGUGUUCACGUAACAAAAACCCCUUUGCUUCGCACUCAAGUCCACUUCUGACAAGCUCAGCCCUCGGGAAAUUCGCCAACUGGAUUACGUUUCGAAGUUCACUUCAGACAUCCGUCAUAUUGAGGCGUCACGGAGUGAGGUGAGACCCUCAAUCGCUCAUCUCCAGCUUUCUCGGGGAUCGAUCUCACUGGGAUAGUUUUCAGACAACACCGUGUUGGUUCGCUCUGCGACAAGGAUGCUUCCGGACUCCAAUUCCAGGGUCCCCUACUGAUGACUGACAAGGGGAUCAUUACCUGUGAUGUUUUCACCGCUCCCCGCGCCGACACCUGGUUCCCUGCUGAUAGAUACGCUUCCGCUCUCGCUGGGUAUACAGGCCGUAUGUAUAACUAAUCCGUGGCUUAUGUCAUCCUCUUCUCUUUCUGACGCAUUUUUGUUCCUCGCUAGAGUCCAGGGUAAGGGUUUUUUGCGGCCCGCGGGUGCGACAGUGCCAGCCACCUGCGCCCUCUCCCCCUCCAGUCUUCUUGAAUAUGUCUUGACACCAGGCUCAGGUGAGGGAGGAGAGGACGCGGUAGAUUCUGCGCAAGUUUGUUUUCACUAUAAACUAGUUCACGCAAAAUCCACCGUGUCUGCUCCCACCUUGAUGUGGGGCACACGGUGGACAUCGUCGGACGCGACGGCUGAACUGUCAUCCGGUGCUGUGCGUGUCCCCUUCCAAUUUCUCCCCCUUCUCUCUUCUCCCCUGUCCCUUUCCACUUCGAAAGUCUUGCAGAGACAGCAACGUGCAAUACUGUAGGCGGCCCAGGGUAACUCAGGUCACUCUCCACUAACCAAGGCCGUGACUCACAGUGGGAGUUCGCCAGCCGCAUUAGAUGUCUAGGCGACCCUAUUUAGGGACAGUACUGCCUACCACCUGACGGGAAAGUGGCCCUAGACAAAUGCUGGGACCAAGUCAUCUGCAUAUGGACCGUGACUUACACAUGUACAACUCAAGGUCAAAACAACCCAACUCACGUCAUCACCCACCCCCCCCGCAAUCCACAGGCUGCAAGAGGGAGUUCGCUCACUUUAGAUGCCUGGAAUGUCCGUCCACUUUUCGACAACCCGCUGAGGACUCUAUCGGAAGAAUGGACGGCAAUUGUCGCUCAAGAACCGGUGAGCCACAAGGUGGAUAUCGCUGCCCUCAGUUGGACCCGUUACGCCCUCUGAAGCGACCGUCCAAAGGCAGAGCAACCUAAGGCUGGUGUCGCAACUGUUACGCGGAAAGACAUUCUGAGACGACUGGUCUGUAUGCCACAGGGCGUCAACCUGCGCCUGCCUCUUCAGGAGCCAAGUUCGCCCUUACCAUCAGUGUCUACGUUUCUUCCUCCAAGGCCAAAUCCGAUGAGGUGGGGAAUAAGUUUUACGUCCUGCUGUCGACUGUGUCGAUGGUGGGAAGGCUCCAAGGUGAGGCUUCGACUGCGAACUUGCCGACGACCACAAUAUAAGCGACCAUUAGUUCAGUUCAAAACUCCUCUCCUGGAUUUGGCUGCUCACCUCUUCGAUUUCGGUGAUCAAUUAACCCAGUGAUCAGAAGCCCUGCAGGAUCUGGACGGCAGUGUUAUUGUGGAGGGAAAGUGCUGUCAUCUGAAGGACGUCAUCCACCACGCCGCCUUGGACGUCCUCGGUCGCGUGCGUCUUCAACAUCAGGACUGCUUUGAUGAAACAGAAGUCGGAAACUUUCUCACUGAAGAGAAAAGUCAACAUUGACGCAAACAAAACAGCUACCUGGGGCGGUAGGAGAUAUCGGGCAGAUCGCAGGACCGAGAAACUCCAAGGUCACGCGAGCUGCAAUGAAACAAAGGACUUCCUUGCUGUCUACGGCUCCACAGUCAAGAUGAUCGCGCCUCUUCUCAGUCCCGACGAAAUAAGACUCCUCAUGGAGAAAUCGCAAUUUCUGAAGUGCUCGGCCGAGCACUUCGUAGCCGUCCUCAAUCUCCCAUUUUCAAUCUCCGACACUGCCAGCGUCCGGCUCUCUGCAAUGACAACGAGCCACAGGCUGAACCUCCCGCCUUCCAUCAAAGCCGAGCAACAAAUCUUUAGUCUACAAAUGGCUGACAGAAAAACUUACCAUGCAUUUCCAAGAGAUUUAGAGUCGGGGACAAGUUUCCAAAGAUUUAAGGGACUCGAGAACCGUCCAUCUAUAUAAUCAGAAAGGGAGUGGUAACUCUGUGGUAAUCACGGAGGAAUAUCGCUGCUCAACACCACCGAAGGGGGCUUCCGUCGCGUUCUUCUCAAUGGUCCCGACAUACAUCCGGAACACGAACUUCUCCCGGAGAGUCAGUGUGACCCCCGUAGGCGCCGUUGAACCGCCGACAUGGUCUCUGACGUCAGCCAACUACAAGAGGAGAGCCAGGAGAUGCGAGCUCCCCCUACAAUACCCUUGUGAACUUGACAAAAGCCUUCGACAAGGCAGAUCGCCAGGAACUGUAGAAAAUCAUGCAGAACUUCGGCUGUUCCGAGAGAUUCGCACACACACACAUGAUGCGUCAGCUCCCCUACGGGAUGAUGGCGCGAGUCACGACAAUGGGACCGUCCCUGAAACAUUUGCAGUAAACAGCGGGGUAAAGCAGGGUUGCGUGCCUGCUUCCACCCUCUUCAGCCUCAUGGCCUCAUAGACGCCUUUGCUGAUGAGCGACCCGGGAUCCGCAUCGUCUUGGCAGUUGACGGCCAUCUCAAGCAUUUGCAAAUCAACCCGGGGACCUGGAAUGACUUCGGCCGGGACAGCUCGGCCUGGCGGAAAGCAGAUGAAACAGGAUGCCAAAGCCAGAUGAUCAGCCCGCCAGUCUCUAACGCCUUUCAGCCACAACACCAACACCCAACCCCUUCCAACAUUCUGAGCGCGGACUGGUCUCGUAGGGCAUCUCAGGAGACAACAACGAUCCAACCUGCUGCCUCCACAAACGCCAUCGUCGUCAUCCAGCCCCAACCUCCACGGGGUCCACGACGACCAUCCUCACCACCGAUGAUCGCACAUCUUAUGUUCCUCCGUCGUCGAUAUCCGCGAUAUCCUCAUGUCCGCCACAACCUCCGCGAUCACUACGGCGGCGACUACCACCGCUCCCACCUCCGCCACGGGUGA